UUUGAGCAAGUAGGAGGAGGAGGGAAGUAGAGCGCUUUCUAUUGUAGUUACCGUAUUUCCAAACAGCACAGAAACGGAGAGGACAGUUUCCCAUUGCCUCAUCUUGUGAGAAAAAAGGAAGUUGUUGAGUUUGAGAAAGUUGUCACUGUCACUCGGAGUUUCACACCAUGGCAGGCGGCUCGGUAUCGGAGUGUAAGGAAUACUUGUUCAAAGUCCUAGUCAUCGGGGAGUUAGGUGUGGGGAAAACCAGCAUCAUCAAACGAUAUGUCCACCAGCUAUUCUCCCAACACUACAGAGCGACAAUUGGCGUAGAUUUUGCACUCAAAGUGAUCAACUGGGACAGCAAAACGCUGGUGCGGUUACAACUAUGGGAUAUUGCAGGUCAGGAGCGAUUUGGGAACAUGACGCGGGUAUACUACAAGGAGGCGGUGGGGGCAUUCGUGGUGUUUGACGUGACGAGGGGCUCCACGUUUGAGGCCGUGUCCAAAUGGAAACACGACUUGGACAGCAAGGUGAAACUGGCCAAUGGGAGUCCUAUCCCCUCAGUGCUGCUGGCCAAUAAGUGUGACCAGAAAAAUGAGACCUCCAACAACACUUCCCUCAUGGACAACUUCUGUAAAGAGACUGGCUUCCUGGGCUGGUUCGAGACCUCGGCCAAGGACAACAUCAACGUGGAUGAGGCAGCUCGGUUCCUGGUGGAGAACAUCCUGCUGAAUGACAAGGGCCUGCCGUACGAGGAGAGCAACGGAGACCGCAUCAAACUGGACCAGGAGACGAUGGCUGCCGAGAGUAAAUCAGGCUGCUGCUAGCACUGAGGACUCCUACUGC